AUGACUUCAGGAUGGUUGACAACGUUUAAUGAAACAAGUGUGGUAGACUGUGGGGGGAACCUGACAGAUUCCAGGGGCAGGUUCACCAGCCCCAACUAUCCCUACAAUUACCCUAACAACGUGAGGUGCGAGUGGAAAAUCCAGGCACGAGGAGACAAGACGGUGUACCUGCAUUUCCUGGAUUUUAACCUGGAGGGUGGCUCUUGCAAUUAUGACAGUGUGUCUGUCUAUGACGGACCCUCCACCUCACACCGACUGCUGGGCAAGAUCUGUGAAACCAGUAGCAGGAAUUUUAGGUCCAGCGGAAACUACAUGACUGUGGUCUUCAGAAAUUACAUCGGAUAUGAAACUACGCCAGGUCCCGCAUCCUGUAGGUACAACUGUGGUUACCAUCUCGGAAGCUGUUCCUGUGCCAGCAGCUGCCGAUACUACAGCAACUGUUGCUAUGACUACAAUGAUUACUGCCAAACAACACCAACAGCACCAGCAACAGCAGAUCCUCAGACAACAGGUCCCGCAUCCUGUAGGUACAACUGUGGUUACCAUCUCGGAAGCUGUUCCUGUGCCAGCAGCUGCCGAUACUACGGCAACUGUUGCUAUGACUACAAUGAUUACUGCCAAACAACAACAGCAGCACCAGGAACAGGGGUCACCCAUGAUUAUGGAUCCUGUAGAAACAACUGCGGUUACUAUGUCGGAAUCUGUUCCUGCACCAGCAGCUGCCGAUACUACGGCGACUGUUGCUAUGACUACAAUGAUUACUGCCAAACAACAACAAAUUGGGGUCCAGAAACAACAGUGUACCACCCGCCCUGUGGAGGAAACCUCUAUGGUUCCGGGUCAUUCUCCAGCCCCUAUUACCCUAAUUAUUACCAUGACAACGCCUACUGUGUGUGGCGAAUAUCGGCACCAUCUGGGCAGAGAGUCUUUCUGACUUUUACUGACAUAGAAAUGGAGAACUGUUGUUCCUGUGACUACAUCACGGUGCAUGACGGGUCGUCUGUGAGUUCCCGCCCCCUCGGGAAGAUCUGCUCCAACAGCUCCUCCGACGCCUUCCACUCUUCCUCCCAGUACCUGACCGUCGUCUUCCGGACGGACGGCUCUGUGGUCGGCCGCGGCUUCCAUGCGACAUUCAGCAGCUCUCUUCCCACCAGCUCAGGUAGAGUGGACUGCUCCUCAGACAACAUGAACAUAGUCAUCGAGAAAUCCUACCUGAAUUCCCUGGGAUACAGCGGCUAUGACCUGUACCUGAACGACCAGUCCUGCCGUCCUCAGGUGCUCUCUUACCAGGUGGUCUUCAGCUUCCCGCUCAACACCUGCGGCACCAGGCGCACGUUCAGCCACGGGAGGGUGGUGUACGGCAACGCCGUGCGGGCGUACCCGUCCUCGUAUGGCGAGAUCACACGGCAGUCGCACUUCCAGCUGCACAUCUUCUGCCGCAUGGAGCAGGACACCAUGGUGCAGAUCAUGUAUGAGGCCCGCGAGGUCGCCAACGGCAACAUCACCGGCGUGGGCAGGUUCAACGCCACCAUGGCCUUCUACACCUCCAGCAGCUUCUACUACCAAGUGUACGACUCCCCCUACGUCGUGAAUCUCAACCAGUACCUGUACGUUCAAGUGCGGCUCAGGAGGUCCGACAGCAGCCUGGUUCUUUUCCUGGACACCUGUGUGGCCUCACCCUCCCCACACGACUUCUCCACCAGGGCCUACGACCUCGUCCGCAACGGCUGCAGGAGGGACAGCACCUACUACUCCUACACCAGCGGCACUAGAGAUGUCGCCCAGUUCAGAUUCCAAGCCUUCAAGUUCCUGCGCAGCCACCCCUCGGUGUACCUGCAGUGUAAGAUCAACAUCUGCCAGGCCAACGACUACUCCUCUCGCUGCUCCCGAGGCUGCUUCUCACGCAAGGCCAGGGACCUCAGCUCCUCCGGCGCCGGCGACAGCGCCACUGUGGUUCUCGGGCCGAUCCAGCUGAGAGAUCUGAAAAAGCCAGAUGAGAAGCUCCUGGAAAACAAUGUCAUCAAAGCAGAGGCAUGAAGCACUAACCCCCUUUCAGCUCUUUCAGCAAGUCUUUUCCAGAUUCACAGAAUCCAUACCAAUCAUUCUAUUACUCCAAACUUACUUAUACAAAUAAUGAGGGAAAAAUUUGCAUAAACCUACCUAAAUACCAUGUUUGAUAUAUCCUUGUAUUGCCAACCUACUUCAGCACUAAAAUCCACUUGAAGGUACUUGGUAUGUUUAGUGUAAAUUUCCACUUGGGGAAAAAAAAAUUCCUUUCCACUGGA